GAAAAAAGCAUCGGUGGUAAAUCCAUCGAUGUUUUCUGCCUUUUUAAACUGGACAGCUUGAUUGACGACAUUCAUUUUUCUAAAAAAAAAACACACCUGAUAUAUACCUGAUAUAUAAAUGAGCGGUGUGGCGGUCUGCUGCAAAUGUGGAUCUUUGCCAAAUAGUAUUCCCUAUUGCUAUGGCGGAUCAGAUUAUGAUUUUCAUUGCUUUUGCUGCGCCAAGCCUCCAAAAUUAAAAUGCAUCCAUUGUAAUGCGUGGCGUGACGUCUUACUGCAUGAGAAACAUGCAUCUUGUAUUGGUGAUAAGCUGCAUGUGUUUGUUUAUACCACGCCCUGGCCGCCGUUUCCAGAGACCGAGGUCAACCCGGAAGUGCAAGCUGCCGUACCACUUUCAUCACCUCUAAUAUUCCAGCCGCCAGAGGAGCCGGUGGAACAGCAACAACCGGCAAAUGAAAGCGAUGUCAUAUCGGUGGUAUCUGAUCAAGAAGAUGAAAAUAAUAAUCCGCCCGAUGAAAUGUUGGACAUUAAAUUUAAGCCGAAACUACUCAGCUCGUUGGACUAUUGGGUAACCGUGAAACAAAUCAGCCAGUGGGACAGUUGCCCACGCUGUGGUUUAAAACGUCAACAGCAAAAUGGAUGGAUCACGCAUGCUCAAAAAUGUGCUCAAGAUCCCAAAUACAAAAAGCGCAAAUUUUUCAUAUACAUUCAUACGAAGGGCUGGUGUAACUAUUUGGUACGGGAUUCUGCCUGGAAGAGACACAGCAAUCCAGAGACAGGUGUAUGCAAAAUAUGCUGCUUAGCACGUCGACAGGGAAAACCUUUGCCUUAUCAGCCAAAGCCACCGCCACGACCGAAUGAGGCGAAAUUGGCCCAGAUGAGACGAAGCGCUCAACGCAGAAGCAGGCUAAAAAAGCGUCAGUUGUUCGCUCAACAAAAUGCAACUGCUGAUUUUUAGAAUACCUCUAAAGUAUGUAUACUGAAUAAAGCAUAAGCAUCAAAUAGAUUAAA